UGCCCUGCCCGCGCGCAGCCACCUCCCUCCCGGCAGGCCCGGAGCGGCAGCGGCGCCUUCCGCCAGGCGGCGUUUGGUUGGAGCGCAGGGACUGGACGCCCCGACCGCUGCCGCGGGGGCGAGGCCUGCGCGCCCCACCCCGGGCGGGUCACGUGGUGGAGGUGUGGCCGCGUGGUCGGUCUCCUAGCAACGCGGGAUGGCGGCGGGCGAGCAGCAGGGCCGCGAGUACCUGGAGCGCUACAAGAUCCCGGAGCUGCUGCACAACCUGAGCGCGCUGCUGCUCUACCACCGGCCCGAAAGACCAAGAGAGUUUUUGAUACAUGCACUGGAAAGAGUGAAGUUUGCAAAACUAACUGACGUGGAAUAUCCUUAUCUUGUGGAUGAAUCAAAUUUGAAUGCUAUGUUUGAAAUGCUGGACACUACAAGUCAAGGCUAUAUAACCUUAGUGCAAUACAAAGGAGCUCUUAAAAGCUUGGGGUUAAGUACUCAGGAUUUGCCUUAUGAAGAAGAUGCAACUAUCACACUGGAAAUAUUCAAGAAAGAAGUGAAGAAGUUGUUGCAGGAGAGCUGGGCCAUAUAUCAACCUUAAGCAGCUGUCUGAUAAAUUCUCUAAAGUCUUCUC